UGGCUCCGAGAGGAGAGCGGCGGAGUAGCGCUUUCCGAGGGGGGAGAGAGCGGGGAGAGCCGGCCGCUCCUUCCUUCCAAUGCGAAGAGGAGAAGGCGGCGGGCGCCGGACGGCAGUGCGGCUCGGGCUGCUCCGCAAUGCUGGAGAAUGGCUCUCUGAAGAACUGCAGCGGGCUGACGGGGCGAGGACCCUUCGCCUUCCCUUGGCCCCAGAGCGGCCAGGAAGACGCUUCGGCCGCGGAGGCAGCGGCGGACCCGAGACCGCGCUGGGUGGUGACGGUGCUGUCCAGCGUGCUGAUCUUCACCACCGUCGUCGACGUGGUGGGGAGCCUGCUGGUCGUCGCCUCGGUUUUCAAGAACCGCAAGCUCAGGAACGCAGGCAAUGCAUUUGUGGUUAGCUUGGCCCUGGCAGACUUAGUGGUGGCCUUGUACCCUUAUCCUUUAGUCCUCGUUGCCCUUUUUCACAACGGCUGGUCCUUGGGAGAAACACACUGCAAAGCCAGCGGCUUUGUGAUGGGAUUGAGCGUGAUAGGUUCCAUCUUCAACAUCACCGCCAUUGCGAUAAACAGAUACUGCUACAUUUGCCACAGUUUUGUGUACAAUAAAGUGUACAGUUGGUGGAACACGAUAUUCUACGUCUGCCUCGUCUGGGUUCUCACCGUGGUUGCAACCGUGCCGAACUUUUUCGUUGGCUCCCUCAAGUACGAUCAAAGGAUCUAUUCGUGCACCUUCGCCCAAACGACCAGCUCCUCUUACACCAUUGCCGUUGUCGUCAUCCACUUCAUCCUUCCGAUCACCAUUGUGAGCUUCUGCUACUUGAGGAUCUGGAUUCUGGUGAUACGAGUGAGGAGGAAAGUCCAAUCAGAACUGAAGCUGAAGAUAAAACCAAGCGACUUCCGAAACUUUCUCACCAUGUUUGUUGUCUUUGUGAUCUUUGCCUUUUGCUGGGCGCCGUUGAACUUCAUAGGUCUGGCUGUGGCCAUUAACCCUUCGGAGGUAGCACCCAAAAUCCCCGAGUGGUUGUUUGUGGUGAGCUACUUCAUGGCCUACUUCAACAGUUGCCUUAAUGCAAUAAUCUACGGGCUUCUGAACCAAAAUUUUCGGAAGGAAUAUAAACGAAUUCUAAUGUCCCUGUGGCUUCCCUCGUUGUUUCAUCAGAACACUUCCAAAGCGGGAGACAGAAAUAUAGAAGAGCAAACUUUCUCCUGCUUUAAAUAACAAUGACCAAAUUCAUCCCAGUACGUUGUAAAUAGAGGAAUGUGAAUUGUAAAUGUGUCCCAUCGCAUGGAAUCAAACUGAGUUCUUUGUAUGUUUGUAUGCCUAAAUCUUAUUCUGCCACUCUAUCGUGACCACAUGGAACUGAGCUCUCAACAAUUCUGUUUACAUUUUUAUUCACUAGGAACAAUUUUAAAAAUGGCUUUGGGAUUUGGAAUGUCAACUCGAAGUUUUGUUUGUUUGCUUGCUUUAAGUUCAAAAACCUAGGUGGGACUUCAACGUAUGGACAGAAACAAUUGUGAGCUUUGUUGAGUUUGUCCAAAAUAUGACUCUUAAAAAACGGAAUCUGUCUCUAAGGAAAGAGGAAUGAAUGUAAUUUAAUGACCAUUUUUUAAUGGUAAUUAUGAUGAUUAUUUAAACUUCUUUCAGCUGAAUGCUGGUUCAGUCUAAUAUAGUACUAAAAGAGCAAAAUGGGAAUAGCAAUGUCUAUUUCUCAAAGUUGACUUAAUUGUUGUUUAUUAUUUAUUUAUUAAACGUAUGUUCCCUCCAUCUCAUUGUCAAAUCACUCGGGGUGGCUUACCCAGAGU